UGCUUACUUUUACUCCUAAGCAUCUUCAUUUCUGCAAAAUUUAAUCCCAAUCAAAUGUUAGUGGAUGUAAUGCCUGAACCGCAAAGCACAAAGCGGAAGGAUAGUUCUGCCUGAUGUGGUAGGAGUAAUGUAUAUGACAACAAGCAGGUCGUGGAAAUGAGAGCCAGGGAAUCAAGAAGUCAUCAGUACUCUGUCUGUCUCACUUGUUCACUCCUUAAAAAAAAUUGGAAAAAUACGUACAAUAUGAGUGCAUUUGAUAUCAGAUUACUUUUGAUACAUAAGUACAGCAAACCUCAGAUAAUCUAAGAUGUUUACACAAAUAAUGUUCUAAAAAGUGACUUUGACUUGUACUACCAAAGUUAUUUUUGGUGACGAUACGCCGAUUUGUACUUUUAUUAAAAUAGUGUUAGAUAUUCCUGUAAUUUUUUUUUUUUUUACCACAUGCCAUACAGUUGUAGUAUACUUUAAAGUGCCACAGUACAUACAGUAAUUAACUACAGUUCCACUCCAAACUGGGAUAUUGGUUGAUGUCACAAAGAGCUCCCAUCAUGCAUUGCGCCAUGAAAUUAAGACAUUAAUGCUCAUUGCUCAUGAACAGUUAGAAUGAACAUCCAUCCAUUUUCUUAGCCGCUUAUCCUCACAAGUGUCGCAGGGAAUGCAGGAGCCUAUUCCAGCUGUCAACGGGCAGGAGGCAGGAGACACCCUGAACUGGUUGCCAGCCAAUCGCAGGGCACAUUGAAAUGAACAUCCGCAGUCACACCUAGGAGCAAUUUUGAAGUGUCCAAUUAAUGUUGCAUGUUUUUGGAAUGUGGGAGCAAACUGGAGUGCCCGGAGAAAACCCACGCAGGCAUGGGGAGAACAUGCAAACUCCACACAGGUAGGCCCGGGAUCGAACCCGGGAGCUCACAACUGUGAGGCCAACGCUUUCCACCUGAUCCACCAUGCCGUCAGGAUGAACAUAACAUGAGUUGUGUUCAUUUGUCUUACUUGUAGUUUAUUGAAUGUGGGUCUGAUUUAAUGCUCACAUCAGAUUUAUGUUAUUUUUGUUUUCAUGAAACAGUCAAUGCAAAAAAGCUUUGAUCUACUUGAUAAAAGUUCCUGUCAGACGUUUGCAAUCCAAAGAACAAUAAAAAUGGGGGGAAGAAGAGAAGGGUGGCACAGUGAAUCAGUGGUGAGCACAUCUGCCUCACAGUUCUGAGGACUGGGGUUCAAAUCUGGUGCCACCUGUGUGAAGUUUGUGUGUUUUCCCAAUGUCAGUGUGGGUUUUCUCUAGGUACUUCAGUUCCCUCCCACAUUCCAAAAACAUGCGUGGCAGGUUGAUUGGAAAAAAAAUGUGGGUGGAAGUGUGAUUGUGAGUGCAAAUGUUUGUUUGUGUGUGCCCUACAAUUGGCUGGCGACCAUUUCAGGGUGUACCCCGCCUCUUGGCCAGAGUCAGUCCGGGUAGGCUCUGGGAUAGAAUCUAUUUCAUCAGUCAUUUUCAAAUUGCACGUUUAAAUUAAAGCCGGGAUGAUUUUUAAGCAAAUAAUGAUUAAAAGUUGUGAAAACAGACACGCAAGUUUCAGGCAAAGACGAAUGCACAUUGAACUAUCCCUAAUCAUUCUUUGGAAUGCAAAAUGUCCACGCAAUCUGCCAAGAUUGUCCCCACGCAGCAGCAAAAAAGCGCACUCCACCCUUGUCCGCGCUUUGCGCGAGGUGCAGCUGGAGUCUCUGGUUACACCCUCUCCACCCUCCGAAUGUCACGCCGCACGAUGGAGCAGCCAGCAGUGGCGAUCUGACAAUUUCUUUGGAGCACAUUCUCCCAUCCUUCGGUUUGGUGCUUUCAUUCCGAAGAAAGAACUUGACGAGAGCGAGUCUUCAGGAUGUCCAUUAGGAGACUUCGAGGGGAUCCCGACGCACUCAGGGGUGUCCACACGGUGACAGAAGAGCUGAGGAAUCUUUACUACAAACGGCUGCUGCCGAUCGAGAAGUACUACUCCUUCCAUCACUUCCAUUCUCCGAGCUACGAAGAUGCAGACUUCGACAACAAGCCGAUAGUGCUGGUAAUGGGUCAGUACUCGACAGGAAAGACGACUUUUAUCAGAUAUCUCAUCGGACAAGACUUUCUGGGGAGCCGAGUGGGACCAGAGCCAACCACAGACUGCUUCACGGCCCUCAUGUAUGGAAAGGUGGAAGGAAUCAUACCAGGGAACGCCCUCACCAUGGACCCCAAAAAACCAUUUCGCCACCUUGACCCUUUUGGAAAUACUUUCCUGAACAGAUUUCAGUGUGUGCAGAUGCCCAAUCCGGUGCUUGAGAGUAUCACAAUCAUUGACACGCCGGGCAUCUUAACUGCAGCUAGGAAAAAACUGAGCAGAGGUUACGACUUCCCGGCGGUGCUGCGCUGGUUUGCCGAGCGCGUGGAUCGGAUCAUCCUGCUGUUCGACGCGCACAAGCUGGAGUUCUCGGACGAGCUCACGCGGGCCUUUGGCGCUCUGUUCGGCUACGAGGACAAGUUGCGUGUGCUUCUGAACAAGGCAGACAGGGUGGACUCCCAGCAGCUCAUGAGAGUGUAUGGCGCUCUCAUGUGGUCACUGGGGAAAGUGUUCAGAACCCCUGAAAUUCUGCGAGUUUACAUCGGAUCUUUUUGGUCGGAGCCGAGGCAGGCCUGCGACCACUACGGCUUGAUAGACUCGGAGGAGGACGAUCUGUUGGCCGACAUAAGGAACCUCCCGCGCAACGCCGCGCUGAGAAAACUGAACGACUUGGUGAAGAGAGCCCGACUCGUGAGGGCUCACGCACACGUGAUUGGCUAUCUAAAGCAGGAGAUGCCGAGCAUUUUUUGCAAAGAGCGCAAGAAGCACAAUCUAAUCUACCAGCUUCCAGUCAUUUUCGCCAAGAUCCAGCAGCAACACAGAGUCCCGGCAGGAGAUUUCCCCGACUGCACCAAGAUGCAGGAGCAACUUCUGAGUCAAAACUUCUCCAAGUUGAAGAAACUGAAAUCGAGUCUGAUGGCUUCCCUUGACAAACUCCUGAACACCGACAUAGCUAAGCUGGUGCCGCUGCUUCAGCAACAAGAACUUGUACGUAAAUCCUUCCCCGGGGUGCUGGAUGAUGAGUUCCUCGGAACUUUCCGGCGUGAGCAUUACAAGAGACAUCCCUUCAAGGAGCUCAAGGAUGGCGAGGACAGCGAACAAGGUUCCACUGAGUGGAUCGUGGAGAGACACAAGCCCAAGUACGAUGAGAUCUUUUACAACCUCAGCCCACAGGAGGGCAAACUUAGCGGCACCAAAGUCAAACAAUGGAUGACGACGACGCUUCUGCCGAAUUCUGUGCUCGCCCAUAUCUGGAGGCUGUCCGACAUCGAUGCCGACGGUAUGCUGGACAAUGAGGAGUUCGCGUUGGCCGUUCAUCUAAUUGAAGGGAAACUGGAGGGCCAUUGGCUCCCGCGCGAGCUGCCCUCUCACCUGCUGCCGCCUUCAAAACGACUUAGUAUGACCGAUGAAGGGAUUUAAAUCAGACGUGCAGCGUGGAGCUGCAAAUAUGUACAUUUUUGUAUCGAAUGUAAAAAAAAAACACUAACAUAUUACAAUGAGCAACACAUCCAGCAUCCUCAAUGCAUUUCACGAGGCGUGACAUCGCUGCAAUGGUUUUGUAUGAUUAAAAGAUGACUCUAAAGCCAUUGGAAUAUUCGAUUGCAUUCCGUGCUCAUUAUCAACACCUUUAAAAAGUCAAAUUGGUACUCACGCAGAUGGCAGUGUCGACCGUACAAUCCCGGGGAACACAGGCAAGCGCCAUACAGACGAUGGCAAUGUCCAUUGUUGGGACAGUUGCACUUUCUCAGGCAGUGACUUCCAAAAUAGCCCCUUGGACAACCUGCGAACAUGAACGAAAAACACCGGGAUAAUCAAACAGCAACUAAAGGAAAACUUGUGUGAGUUUACAUACCAGUCUCGCAGAGUAGACCUUGAACCCCCGGGGGGCACAAACACCUCCCAGUCACAGGGUCACAUGUGCCUCCAUUCUUACACUGGCACAGACUGUUACAAGUCGGCCCAUAAGUGCCCUGAGGACAAGCUGGAGAAUAAUGGGGGUCGUGAGAAAAGAAUAUUGAGAACAGAGAACCUCCUGGGUGGAAAAAUAAGCAAAGGAGUUAAACCAUCAACAAUUAAACUGCAUAUUUUAGGUAAAUUAGCUGUGCCUUUUAUAGGUUUAUGUACCUAGUCCAUACACGUAGCAUUCUUUUCAAUGUUUUGGUUGAGCAUUAGGACUGUAUAAAAAAAAAAUCAACGCACUCAGGUAAGUCG